CCAGUAAUGCGACGCCCCGCCCACUCACAAAGCAGCAAGUCUAUCACAACACAAAGAGUGCAACAAAGACUAGAGAAAUGUACAGCCUAACCGACACACAAAACUGUCAGAUAGUCUCAGUUUGAGGUCUCAGACGGAAUCUGCACCGAGACAAGACAACCGAAACCAAAAAAAAUUAUAAAAAUAUCACAAAGUAUACUCUGGAGAAACAAAAAUAACAAUAUUCAGCUUCCCUAUAGAAAAUCUAUGCCGAGCUUCGCAUUGAGAUCCAGGUGACAGACAUAUGGUUUUGGAAGAGCAUGAGGAUGAGUAAAGGAUGUCGUAUUUUCUCCUGUGGUGUCUGUGUGGAGCGUGCCACACAUCCACUCCACAACAACGACGGCUUUUUCUUGCAUCUUCCAGUGUUUCUUCUGUCAGCAAGUUCAGCAGAGCUGCAACUCGUCUAGCGCCAGCCCAGAGGAACACAGUGAGGAGGACCACGACUGUGAGAUGGUAAAAAUGACAAAGUCCAAGACCUUCCAGGCUUACCUGCCCAACUGUCACCGAACCUACAGCUGCAUCCACUGCCGGGCACAUCUCGCUAAUCACGAUGAGCUCAUCUCAAAGUCAUUCCAAGGCAGCCAGGGGCGAGCCUACCUCUUCAAUUCAGUUGUGAAUGUCGGUUGUGGUCCAGCAGAGGAGAGGGUUCUCCUAACAGGUUUACACGCUGUGGCGGACAUCUACUGUGAAAAUUGUAAAACCACUCUGGGCUGGAAAUACGAGCAUGCAUUUGAGAGCAGUCAGAAAUACAAAGAAGGCAAGUUCAUCAUCGAGCUGGCUCACAUGAUCAAAGAUAAUGGCUGGGAGUGACCUUCACCUGCUUCCUCUCCGCUCAGUGACCUUUGGGCUGCUCUGCCGUGGACUUUGCCGAGUGACACCACCACACGCACACGUACACAAACAAAAAACGCACAGACACGCGCGCACACACACAUGCCACCGUCGACCAUGACACAUCCUGACAUCUACUGGGUCAUCACAAAACUCAAAGGCAGAGUGACGGAAAGCGAAUCGAAGACAUCUACGGUCACUGAAAGACUCUCUAGGACCUUUUUCCGAGAUGUACAUGUCAACACUUUGGGAUCCGAACCUUCUCCCUUCCUGUUCGACUGCCCCGUUAAAUGGUUUCGGUGUGCUCGGCACUCCUCGUGUGUAAGCUGUUAACAGUAUCCAGAAGACACAGUCUCACUUUUUUCAUUUGACAUCUUUUUGUGAUUGAGCGGGAGGCGUGUGUCUUAGUGUGCGUUCUUUUUUUUUCGACAGGAAUCUCGAGUCCUUCCUGGUGGACUGAUGUUACUGGUUAGCAUUUUUCUCCUCUGCGUCAAGCCCGUUCUGAUUGUCUUUCCUUUCACUUUGGGGUAGCGACCGUUGACAUAUGUUAUAAGAGUUGGGGUUGGUUUCAGGGUUAGGCUAUGUAGCAGUAUAUUUCAGAUGGGGGUGGGCGUUCAGCAUUGCAGUGGCAUGGCAUUUCCCCUGCGUUUUACCCGUUUUAUUUCCGAAUCGAAAUGUUUUUCUUCCUCGGAUGACUUCACUGUGCAAUUCGUGGGACACUCUGGUACAGCAGUAGCGUCUGACCCCUACAGGAGCUUUAGUUGUCUCUGGUGCUUUUGGUGAGAUUACACAAACACGCGUCUUUUGAGUUGGCAUUCGUGGCAGGUUCCAUUUUUGCAACCGUACUAUAGGCGAGAGAAAAAAAACUAAACGAAACAAGACAAGCGACAGCCGUUUGGAUGCACUGAACAUUGGGGAAAACUGAAACGAGUGUCCUCGGAACAUUGUUUGCGUUACAUUUUCAUCCCCCUUCACGCCAAAUGAUGACAAGAUUUUACAAAACUAUUGUUGUUGAUAUUACAAUCAUGUGUAUGUUCAUUGCUAUGUGUAAUUUAUGUGUUAAACCACAUGUUUGGACAUGCACACGUGCAUGUUAGCUCAGUGUGUUUUACGCAUUAUGUUUAUGGCAUACUUGAAUGCAGUUACUUUGUUUGCACUUUGCAGAGGCCUUGUUCAUGGGUUUAGAGGCAAAAGUCUGUCCAUUUUAUGGCCUUUUUUUCAUGGAAAAUAAUCAAAUGAUUGUAUUAGAUGCUUUGAAUGAUUUUCAGGGUUGGGUGAUUGCUGGCUUGAUCAUCUCCCUCUACUUUCAAACACACAAAAUCUGCUGCUUUCGCUUUCUUCCGCAGGCUACGCUCGUAAUUCGUCCAAUUGGAUUGGCGCGUCAGAAGCAGGUCUCGAAUUUUACAAUCAGACACCAUUCAAUGUGGCGUUACGUGAUUCUUUUGCUGCUAAUAGAGAUAAAUGCAAUCCGGAGCUUUCACUUCAAAACCUUCUGCACUUUACCCGGACUGUCUGAGAGCAUGCGAGCGGAUGUGUUCCUUUUGUAGCUUUUCUCCACAUCUUUGCCUCUAAGCAGCAUGAAUCUUGUGCCUUUU